AUGGCCGCCGCUCUCAGCCUGUCAGUUCGGGGUUAUAACUGCUCUCUUAUUCACAGCGGCUGUCAGUCUCGCCGCAGACACACUCUCACUCUCUUCUAUCCGACCGUCUGUCUCCUCUCGCUUCAAACCAGACGCCGCCGCCGCAGUCGUCCCAGUUCUGAGCGGUUUGGGCAAAGUGCAGUACAGUCUCGUGACGAUGGAGAAACAGAGAAGCUGCGUCGGUUUGGUUUGUAG